UUGCUAUUUCUUUACCCACAUCUACACGUUUUUAAAACAACAAAUAGUCAAUCUCCGAUCGAAGUAUCGUCGGUUAACCUAAAAAUGGAGUACGAUUUCAGAAAACGAACUGGCUCCACCUACGAUUCCAAUGUACCGUCAUACAGUAGGCCUCCCCCCACCGCGUCAUCGACCGGCGCCGCUCAACCGAUGUACGGUCAAUCGCCGUCAAUCUACCCGAAGAUCAGCGGCGCUGGUUCUCACUCCUCCGCCUCGAUCGUCCGAAACCCUCCCUUUCACCAGGCUCCGCCACCUCCCUCCACUUCUGGGAUGGGGAUUAGGAUUGCUAUCAAACCAGAAUAUCGAAUUACGCCGCCGCCUCCGAUGUUCCCACAAACGGGAGAGAUUCCGCGGAGUAAUUUCCACUUUGAUUUCGAGUUUGAGAAGAAUGUUUUAACUGAAUUAGUGAAGGAAAAGCCCAACUUGGGCUGGAUCGUAAACGAAAAUCCACCACCAAAGGCAACUGAAUCAACAUCUUCAUAUGGCCCUUCUGCAGAUCCCAUAGUGAGCAAAUAUAUAGCAACAGGUCUCCACGUAGAGGCUGUGCGACUUGCAGUUGCAAAUUACGGAGACAAUCCCACCAAGGUUAAGGAAUUUGCAAAUGGAUAUAAUAUUUUGCAAGAGAUGGGAUUCUCGUCGAACAAUGUUGCAGAAGCCUUAUUCAUGUAUGACAAUGAUACGGACAAGGCAUUGGCUCAUUUCCUCAACGCCACAUCCUGAAAUAACAGUAUCGGAACGUUUCUCCUUCCUAUUGAUGUAAAGAUAAAAUUUGUUCCAGUCGAAAAUAGGUAUUUGUGAUAAUAUUGUAUUAAUGUAUAGGGGAUUUUUCGAUUUCCUUUGCGCGUGCUUGAUUUCAACACUGGAUAUACUUUCUUCGAUCUUAUUGCUCUUAAUGAAUGUAUCAAUCACUGUUGCGAAUAUUAGAUUCGAAUGC